AUGGACAUCCUCAUGGCCAAGGCGGAGGAGCCCACGGCUCUGGUGAACCCGCCGGAGGGUGUGAUGGACCGCAUUCACUUCGUGAUCAACAACGUCACGACGUCCAACCUUUCGUCGAAGGUGUCGGAGAUCAAGACGCACAUUCAGAACCACCCGGAGCACCACGGUUGGCUGGCCAACUACCUGGUGGUGAAGCGCAUCUGCACGCAGCCGAACUUCCACGACCUUUACUUGGACCUUGUAAAGGAGCUUGAGACCCCGCCGCUCAUGGAUGCGAUCCUCAAGAGCGUGUUCCACAACGUCGGCAAGCUGCUCCGGUCGCAGAAGAUCAUCACGUCCACCUCUGAGCGGUCCCUCCUCAAGAACCUCGGGUCCUGGCUGGGCAAGAUUACGCUGGGGCGGGACAAGCCCGUCCUACAGAGGGAGCUGGACAUGAAGGAGCUUCUUUUCCAGGGGUACGAGACGGGGCGCCUGAUCGCGGUGACCCCGUUCGUGGCGAAGAUUCUGGAGGGGGCCCCGUCGGGAAACAGCCGCGUCUUCAAGCCGCCUAACCCGUGGAUCAUGGGGCUCUUCUCGGCCUUGCACGAGAUGUACGAGCUGGAAGACCUCAAGAUGAACAUCAAGUUCGAGAUCGAGAUGCUCUGCCAGAAGUUCAACGUGACCAUCGCAGACGUGCCCAUGUACGGCCGGCUCCGCACGCGCAUGACCCCUGCCAAGGAGAAGAACCCGGACUUCAACCUCUCGGCCCACCGGGCCGCGGCCCGCGCGGAAGCCGAGCGCCUGCGCGAGGAGUCGGCGGCCGCGGCCGCCUCGGGUGCCGCGACGACGGCGGCGGCGGGCGGCGGUGCCGGCAACAAGAUCGCCGGCGCCAGCGCCGCGGGGUCGCCCGAGGAUGGGACGGGGAGAGGGGAGGAAAUGCCGCAGCUGAAGGACGUGCUGAAGAGGGUGGUGCCGGUGGCGGUGGACCGGGCCAUUCGAGAGAUCAUCCAGCCCGUGGUGGAGAGGAGCGUGACGAUCGCCUGCAUCACGUCGAAGGAGCUGGUGCAGAAGGACUUCGCCAUGGAGGCGGACGAGAACAAGAUGCGAAAGGCGGCCCACCUCAUGGUGAGCAACCUCGCCGGCUCCCUCGCGCUGGUGACGUGCAAGGAGCCCCUCCGGGUCAGCAUCGGCAACCACAUGCGGUCCCUGCUGUCGACGGCCGCGCCGGGCGCCGACCAGGCCACGACGGAGGGGCUCGUCCACCUUUGCUCGUCGGAGAACCUGGAGCUGGGGUGCAUGCUGAUCGAGAAGGCGGCGACGGAGAAGGCCAUGCGGGACAUCGACGAGGCGGUUGCUCCGGCGCUGCAGGCCCGGCGCAAGAGCCGGGAGACCACGGGCCAGCCCUUCUACGACAUGAGCAUCUUCAACAACCUCCGCUACCCGGGGGCCCUGCCGGAGUCGCUCCGGCCCAAGCCGGGCGGGCUCCGCCCGCAGCAGCUCCUGGUGUACGAGGCCUUUCAGCGGGUGCCGAGGCAGCCGGCGGUGACCCGCUCGCCCGCGGCCGGGCCCACGCCGUCGGGAGGGGGGGCCGGCGGAGGAGCCGGGGGGCCCUCUCCCCGGCUGCUGCCGUCGGAGUCCCCCGCGAGCCCCGCGAUGAGCGGCAUGCAUGGAGGCGGGGCGAAGGCGGUGGCGGGGGGGCGCGGCGGCGCCGGCAUGAGCCCGCAGCAGGCGGUGGAGCUGACGCUGGAGCAAGCGCUGACGGCGUGGCAGGCGGCGAUCGGGCGGCUGGACAUGGCGAUUGGAGGGCUGCUGACCGCGCACAGGCGGGCCGGCGGCGGGCCGGAGCUGACGCUUCACGCCGCCAACCGGGACCAGGAGCUGUCGGCCGCGCUGCAGGAGAUCGUGACCGUCGGAAAGAGCGUGCCGCUGAGCGCGCGAGAGGACGCGCUCACCAAGUUCGCUCGCGCCGUGUUCAACCGUCUGUUCGAGAUGGCCCGCGGCAAGGAAGACAACCCGGCCGCGGUUCCCCUGCUGAGAGUGGAGGUCUACGCGGCAGUGCUGGAGCUGUGCCUCCGGACGGUGAGGACCUCCCUCGUGUCCGGCCGGAACAAGGAGGACCUGCUCACGCAGUGGUACACGGGGCUGCCCCCUCAGGCGAUCAUCGGGCCGGGCUCGAGGAAGCUCCACCUCGCCGCACUCAAGUACCUCGUUCAGAUGAAGAUGGUGGACAUGGAGAGGACGGACGCCUUCCUCGCGCGAAGCAUCGUCUCUACCUUCGGCGGUUCUCCCGAAGAGGCGGCCAACAAGGGCUCCCAGCUCCACCAGCGCAUCCAGCUUCUCCAGGAGGAGUGGGGCCUCUACGCCGUGGCGCUGAUCCGGCAGUGCGUGUUCGACCACCCGGACUCGAACGGCCCGGAGGGCAAGUCGUUCGCGAAAACAUUGGAGACGUUGAGCCACCUCCAGGGGGACAAGAAGCCGGUGCUGGCUCAGCAGUUCCUGCACCUCAUGUCGGAGCUCAGAGUCGCCACACACCCGGACCAAGUCAGAAAGGCACCACCGAAGAGCCCUUCGAUGCAUGCCAUGUCCCCGGCGGGAGGACCCCGUGUGGCCCCCGGCACUCCGAUUCCGGGCCCGACCGCGGGCCCGGGCGCAAACGCCGGGAGGAACGACCCCGCCGGCAUCCGUGAUGACGUGACGCACAUCUUGCACUACUGGAUGCGGGUGGUGAGCGACAGCACCGCCAGCGAGGAGGCGAGCUCGGCCGCCAUCCUGCAGGCGCUGCACGUCAAGAACGUGCUCAAGACGGACGAGUCGACGGAGCGUUUCUUCCGCGUGGCGACGGACCUGGUCGUGGACGCCUGCGUCAAGACCGGGAGGGCACCAAGUGUGACCCUCGCCAUGGGCAGUUCUCCGGAGGACAAGGCGAAGCAGCUGUCGUACGUGGUCGUCGACGCCUACGUCAAGCUCCUGGUCGUGGUGGUGUUGGCGGCCUUCACGUCGGCGUUCCAUGCCCUGCAGCCGGCGGUUUGCCCCGGCUUCGCCUUUUCGUGGCUGGAGCUCGUGUCGCACCGCUCCUUCAUGCCCAAGCUGCUGCUGGUGAAGCAGAACAAGGGGUGGUCGUACAUGCACAGGCUGCUGAUCGACCUGCUCAUCUUCAUGGAGCCCCACCUGCGCAGGCCCACGCUGCUCGAGUCGGUGCGGCUGCUGUACCAGGGCAUGCUCCGCACGCUGCUUGUGCUGCUGCACGACUUCCCGGAGUUCCUGUCGGACUACCACCUGAGCUUCUGCGACGUGAUCCCGGCGGCGUGCAUCCAGCUUCGGAACCUGAUUCUCGCGGCCUUCCCCCGCAGCAUGCGCCUGCCAGACCCCUUCACGCCCAACCUGAAGGUGGACCUCCUGCCGGAGAUCGCCUUGCCCCCGAGGAUCCUGAGCAACUACGUGGCGGCGCUGUCGCACAACAACAUCAAGCAGGACCUCGACAAGUUCCUGCAGACUCGCCACCAGCCGGCCAACUUCCUCACGGAGCUGCCGGCGAAGCUUCGGCUGUCGGCACAAGAGGCGGCGCACACGGGCAUGACGUACAACGUGCCGUGCAUGAACUCCCUCGUCGUGUACGUCGGGAGCCAGGCUAUCCAGCAGCUCAACAACAAGACCCCCAUCAUCACGCACUCUGCUCCGAUGGACGUUUUCCACCAGUGGGGGCUCCUGAUCACCUUCAUUGAGCUCAUCAAGAACCCGCGCUACAGCUUCUGGAGCCACAGCUUCACGCACUGCGCGCCCGAGCUCGAGCGCGUGUUCGAGAGCGUGGCGCGCAGCUGCAUGACCCCGGGGGGUGCGGCAGCGGGCACCGGAGCGGACGAAACCGUGGCGUCCGGGCAGGCUCAGUAGAUGCUUGCAGACCGCGCCGUUCAGGGGUGGGAGGAAACAGUAGUAGAGGACGAAUUUCUGCUGCUGUGGAAAGGUCUCGUCUUUCGCUUUUGCGCUUGUUUCUGGGAUGGUUUGUGCUGAAAACCCACGGAGGUAAUCUUACGACUGGUGUUGUUGUCUGUUGCCCGCCGUGGCAUGGGUAUGAACAGCGGAGGGUUUUGUUGUCGUUGUUGUUGCUAUUCCUGCUGUUCUUCUUCCACUAGUGCUGGUGCUGGUGCUGUUUACCCGCAGGCGGUGGGCCUUACAAGGGACGAGCUUGGCUCGCGGGUUUGGAAACAUCGUGUAUUGGGUUGGGGCUGCCUUUUCUAGUUGCAUGUGUCGCCACGAAUGAAUGUUUGCAGCACUAUACUUUUAGUGGAAUUGUUUGUUGGGAGAAGGGUCCCGCCGGGAGAAGUUGCGUCAGUGGGAUUGUGCCAAGGGUAGCAAGGGGGGAGGGGGUAGACUUGUCUUGGUAGUUUCAAUUGUUUGCUAUGUUGGACAGGGGGGGGGUGACGAGAUUGGUCUAAUAGUAUGUAUGAUCUCGGCUGUUGCAGCAUUGGUUGUCGGGAUAUGAUCGACGGGAGGAACAUUCAGCGAAAACUUUGGAAGUUGACGGAUACAUUGGUUCACUUUUUGGGGGGCGGCUUUGGGCAAGGCCAGGAUAAGGACGACGAUUGGGCGGGGAAGCAGGGCGUCAUCGGUGUUUUGGCCUCCUUUUGCGUAUAUAUCAUUUUGACCGCCCCGUGUUAAUGAGUUCAUGAUCCCUCCCGCUCAGUGGAACACAGCAGGGUUGUGGCACAUCGGACGGGAGCUUCAGUUGACGGAAGUGCCUCCUGUCGUUUGAGAUCCCCAUUGCUUUCUAUCUGCCUGUGUUGUGUGGAAGGUUUAACGCUGGUGAUGGAGAUUGGCGACGUAUUGAAGUAGUGAGUGCCUCGAACAGACACUCACCUUCCAAAAUAUGUGGUUUUGGACUUUAUGAGCGUUAUAAGGAGCGAUGGACGUGAUGCUAGCUAAAUGUAAAUCGGUUAGACGCCGAGGGUAGGAGGGACGAGUGCAUGCAGUAGUGACAGAUUUUUGCGUGGCUGUUGUUGACCGCACGUGGUUCUGCCUUUGCGGUCAUUUUGUAGUGUACGCGUGCAUUUUCCAUCUUGUGGGAUAGCCUGUCAGGGAUAUUUGCUGGGACGGGAUUUGUUUGAAUGCCUCAUAUGUACGUUUAUCUUCAACAGCAGAUAGACAUGAUCUGGAGUUGGAAGUUGAGUGGCUGUGACUGGUGGGGUUGAAAGUGGAGGGUUGGAAAGUUGAGGGAACGGCAGUAUAUUUGCGAGAGCGCGAAUACGAGCCAUGUGUGUGUAUGAUCUCAACACGUGUUCCCGCAGCCUACCACGGUCAUGCUGACGGGAUGAUAAUAUAUUUUUUUGUUGCUGUGUU